AUGGCAGCUAUCACGGAUCUCUCCUUUAUGUAUCGAUGGUUCAAGAACUGCAAUCUGGUCCCCAACCUCUCAGACAAGUAUGUCUUCAUCACAGGCUGCGACUCGGGCUUCGGGAACCUGCUGGCCAGGCAGCUGGUUGAUCGGGGCAUGCGGGUGCUGGCUGCUUGCUUCACUGAGGAAGGGGCCCAGAAGCUUCAGCAGGAUACCUCUUACCGACUGCAGACCACCCUAUUGGAUGUCACCAAGACUGAGAGUAUAAAGGCAGCGGCCCAGUGGGUGAGGGACCAAGUGGGUGAGCAAGGCCUCUGGGCCCUGGUGAACAAUGCAGGUGUAGGCCUGCCCAGUGGGCCCAAUGAAUGGCUGACGAAGGAGGACUUUGUGAAGGUGAUCAAUGUGAACCUGGUGGGACUGAUCGAAGUGACCCUCCACAUGCUGCCCAUGGUCAAAAAAGCCCGGGGCAGGGUCAUCAACAUGUCCAGCUCUGGUGGUCGCGUGGCUAUCAUCGGUGGUGGCUACUGUGUCUCCAAGUUUGGCGUUGAGGCCUUCUCUGACAGCAUCAGGCGUGAGCUCCACUACUUUGGGGUGAAAGUCAGCAUCAUUGAGCCGGGGAACUAUCGAACAUCCAUCCUGGGCAAGGAAGGCAUGGUUUCCCGCAUGCGAAAGCUGUGGGAGCGGUUGCCUCAGGAGACCCGGGACAGCUACGGAGAGGACUACUUCCACAUCUAUACUGAGAAGUUAAAAAACAUGAUGCAGUUGGCAGAGCCAAGGAUCAGAGAAGUCACCGACAGCAUGGAGCACGCCAUUGUUUCCCGGAGCCCCCGUAUCCGCUACAACCCUGGCCUGGAUGCCAAACUCCUCUACGUGCCAUUGGCUAAAUUGCCCACUCCCGUGACAGAUUUCAUCCUGAGCCGGUACCUUCCCAGGCCAGCAGACAGUGUCUGAGCUGGGGAAGUCCAGGUGGUUAGUGGAGUGUGGAGGAGGGAGGGGUAUGGCAGAAGGAACUGCAGGGUCACAAGAGGUGGUGUUAGGCAAUCGGGGUUCACUUUGCUUGGCUGACACCCACUGCCAGGGAAAUAUUGGAUAACUUCUAGCAGAAGACAAGUGCCUCUUCCCACUCACUGGGCCCCCACAGAAAGCUGCAGGUGCAAAGACCUGAAGCAUGGCCCCAAGAACAUCUGUCACCCAUUAAGGAUAUGGCUUUUUCUGGACCUGGAAAUGUCAAGGGGAGGAAAACAAGCUCCUGCGGAAUCAUGAGACUCUCUCAGUUAUCACCACCACUGUGAAAUAUUGCAGGAUAAUCAAGCUCAUGGAAGCAUCUCAACCACUUUCCUAUUGAUCUCUCAAUAUGCAUUAGCUUCAUUCCCACAACCCAUUAUUUGAAGUAUGUACUAGGGCAGACAGGGAGUGCAAGAUUAUAUCAGGUAAAAGUUUAUAUUUUCUCUCUAUAUAAAUUUAUCUGUUCAUUGGUGAUUGGGAUCCACAUAAAAUAACAUUCAUUUAUUUAAUCAUCAUUGGUUAAUUUUUCAAAUAUUUAUUGUAUGCCUAUAAGAUACCAGGCACUAUGUAGGUGCCGGAAGGAUGUAGAGAUGAUUAAAUCAUGGUCUUGGUUUUUUA